AAGUUGGACGAAACUGAUAGCCAAGGCCCCACACCAAGAGCCAAUCGUCAAAUCAAAGAAAGAAAGAAAGAGAUCAUUUUUGGUAUUUCCAAGAGGGAAACAAAACCACACCAACCUCUCAAUUCCACCACACCAACCACUUCCACCCAGACUCAUGGCCUCCUUAUCCCUCCUAUCCCCUCCUUCAGCCACCUACCACCACCACCGCAGCCGCCGCAAUCUAUCCAAUCCCCUUAUCCUGCGAACCCCUCCCUUGAACGUACGCAACCCCUCUAAAAACUUCUCCAUCACUGCCAAGAUAGCACCAACUUCCCUCACCCAAGACGACCUCAAGAAGCUCGCCGCCGAUAAGGCCGUCGACUAUGUUCAAUCCGGGAUGAUCCUCGGCCUCGGAACCGGCUCCACUGCCGCCUUUGUUGUCGCCAAGCUUGGCCAACUCCUCUCGACCGGCGAACUCGCUGACAUUAUCGGAAUCCCCACUUCGAAACGCACCGAAGAACAGGCCAAAUCCCUAGGGAUCCCUCUAUCGGUCCUCGAUGACCAUCCCAAAAUUGACCUCGCAAUUGACGGCGCCGACGAGGUUGAUCCUGACCUUAAUCUCGUUAAGGGACGCGGAGGGGCACUGUUGAGGGAGAAGAUGGUGGAGGCUGCAUCGGAGCAGUUUGUGGUGGUGGCGGAUGAGACGAAAUUGGUUUCUGGGUUGGGCGGGAGUGGGUUGGCAAUGCCGGUCGAGGUUGUACAGUUCAGCUGGAAGUACAAUCUGGAGAGGCUGAGGGAUUUGUUUAAGGAGGAAGGAUGUGAUGCCAAGUUGAGAUUGGUUGAUGGAGGAGGGGAGGAACCUUAUGUUACUGAUAAUAAGAACUACAUUGUUGAUUUGUACUUCAAAACCCCCAUUAAAGACGGGUAUGCGGCAGGGAGGGAGAUUUCCAAGUUUGAAGGGGUGGUGGAACAUGGGUUGUUCCUGGAUAUGGCGACUGCGGUGAUUAUUGCCGGGACAAAUGGAGUGGAAGUGAAGACCAAAUGAGGUGCAAUGUUCUACUUUGUGUCUUGUUCUCGAGGUAGUUGUUUAUUAUUUUGAGUUUUAGCAUUGCAACUUGAAUAGGAAUACUACUUUGAAAUAAUUGAAAACAUAUUGUUUCUUGUUUGAAUAAUUUUUAGGUCCGUCCAGAUGUAUUUGACGAAAAUCACUUAUGUAAUUUUUGUUUGCUCUGUAUCUUUCUGGUAUACAUCAAGUUAUACACUUUUUAUCCAGGGAUUAUUUAAACACUUAGUGAGUGGCUUCUCUUA